AUGACAGCCAGGCAACAGCAGAGCUUUACUGGACUCACCAAAGUAACCAAAUGCAAGCCCAAUUCUUGCAUUGGACGAGAUCGCAUGGUCACGUGUUCGUUUCAAGAAAUCCGAGCAAAUGAUCUUCAAGAAGCCGAGGAACGCCAGUUGCUGCCGUCGCCUCUCGAAGUGGGCAUACGAAUGCUGGACGAAUUUGGCAAUACUGUCAAGCUGGUGGAAGGUCCUGAGGGGAAGCAGCUGAAAGAAGUUGUAGAAGCUGCAGACAGCGAAUUGGCACCUCGAAUAGAUCCCUGCGCCGCCAUCGGACACAUACCCGCUCAAUUCGACAAGCAUGAAAUAGACAAGCAUAUAAAAAAUGAAGUCGCCCACCACAGCACCGCAGCCAUUGAGGACGCAGGCAGCGCAGCGCAGGCGGUGCGUCGUGGCGUGCCAAGGAGCGGCGUGGCAGCGUUCCUGUUCCAUCACCUGCACUUGGCGCUGGCGUCGCCUUCGCUCUUCAGGGUGCCUUUCCUGGUGCAGAAACACAGCAACAACAACGGAUCGGCGUUUUUCUUGGUGUACAUCAUCGUCGUGCUGCUCGUAGGAGUGCCGCUGUACGUUCUAGAGGUCGUCAUGGCCCAGUACUCAUCACUUGGUCCCAUCCACGUCUACCGCUGUCUGCCUCUCUUCACAGGAGUGGGCGUCGGCAUGCUAGUGACAUGCUUCCUAAUGACGAUGUACUGCAGCGUAGUGAUCAGUUGGAGCACAGUCUACAUCACUCAGAGUUUCUACAACCCAAUACCUUGGAGCCACUGCCCUACCAGCCGGCCUGCCGAGUGCACCAACAUUACGACGUCUCCAUCCAUAGAACAGGAGCCACAGUCUGGAGUGCUUGCAAUGGUCAACGAACUGAACGGCACUUCUAGUCAUCUUGAUGCUGCCAUCAUAAAGGCGCGCUACAUACCACCCGAUUAUUACUUUAUGACAACGGUAUCCAACUCGCUGUACAAUGAAGCAGCAAUGACUUUCGGCAUCGAGUUACCUUUCCUGAUUCUGCUGGUGUGGAUUGUCGUAUUUCUGUGCAUUAUUGCUCGCCGAAGAUGGCAGUCUGGUAUUCCGUCAUGGUGCGUGGCCGUCGUAUUUUUGGUUACUCUAACCAUCAUGUUUUUGGCGGGAUUGAAUUUGAAGGAAGGAGACCGAGGAAUUCAUCGAGCGUUUGGCUUCAACGUCACCUUCACUGCCAGCGAGCUCAAGCACCCCACGAUAUGGAUGGAUGCCCUGGGACAGGUAUUCUGGUCCCUGGGAGCAGCCAUUGGUCUACACAUUAUGAGUUCGAGCCAUAACGAAUACAGGGACUCGAUCGUCAUGAACUGCGCAGCAGCGUCUAUCACCAACUUAAUCGUAGCGUUAGGAAUAACGUUGGCCCUCUUCCCAUACGUUGGUGAACUGUUUGCAAGUCCUGCGGUCGCUGCCAACCCAGGAUUCUUCUUCGUCUUAUCCUCCCUUGCGAUGACGAAGUUAGGGUUGCCGGAAGUCUCAUCGUUUGUGUUUUAUUGUUGCUUCAACAUACUGAUGACUCAUCACGUAGUUAGUCUCGCUGAUACAGUCCUCUGCAGCCUAGCUGAGCUUCUCAAGAUCAGAUGGAGGAGGGGACUGCGCAGAAUUUUGCUGGGGGCGGCAGUGUGCUUCUGUGGCUUCGUCUUGAGUCUUCCUUUCGGCAGUUCGGACGGUAUUUACCUGCUGACUUGCCUGGACGCUUACCUACCGUGGGUCUCUGGUGGGGUGUUCGCCGUGUUGGAAAUCACGGCCUUCGCCCACCUCUACGGCGUCGACAAGAUCGCGCUGCACUUCAAAGACAUGAGCCAAUCAAAGACAUCUUUUACUAACUACUGGAAGUUUAUUCUGCUGCCUGCUCUCGUGAUUGUGCAAUUAUGGGCGUACGUAGAGGGAGUGUCCGAUCCUCUGUAUUGGAUCGACACGCCCACGGGACGCGAACAACUUCACAGGAACGUCGGCCUGGGGCUCUCCUUGCUACCGUUGGUCGUAGCCGUCCUCGCUACCAUCGGUGUACUCUUCAUUUUGAAGCGCGACAACCUGCCGCUGCUGCAGCCUCUUCCCACGUGGGGGCCCGCGGUGGUGCAACACAGGAAGCUGUACACGCAAGAUGUGAUGAGGGCCUCGCAGCGUGUGCCGUGGCUUGUUAUGCAGAGUCACGGCGACCUACUGACGGAAUCCAGCAGGAGUGAUUGGAUUCCUGUAGGAUAUUCGUACAUCCCCCAGAGCGCGUCCUACGUUCUGCUCUCGUCAAGCUACCUCGAGGACAUGGAAGAGUCGGGCCGGAAAAAUAUAGUGCAUAAUUUUUUGAAACUCCGAAACCAAAUGAAGCAGCAAUUGCAGGACGCAGACAAAAAAGAAAGCUGCUGCUGUUGUUGUUCAAACAACCGGCACCCCUAUUCCAAGAAAAGGAAGGCUAGAAAGAGGAAUCAAAACAAUAUAAACGACAGCACCGCGCAACAUCAAAAAGGAGUUGAGACUCAGAGAGAGAAAAGAAAUGAUGCCAUAAUGGAAAUAGAGGAACCCAGUUGUUUUCAGCCUCAGACAAGAGUAAUAAUCUCGAAUGAGUGCUCGACAGCAAGCGUUUUGCGAUCAAAACCAACGGGCCCAUCGAGAGAAAACUUCAUGACUGCUGAGUCAGAAAUAAGAUUAGGAAAUAAUGUGAUGCUUCCUGAGUCAGGUACUCAUCAUCUUGAAUUAGAGAAAAUUUUAAUGGAAGACGAGGAACCUUUGGAUGAAGAAGCCGAGACCAGGACGUGCGAUGAAAUAGCAAUAAUGUGCCAGACCAACAACAGCAAUCAAAGCAAAGUGCGCAAGACAUCGGAGGAGGAAUUCGAAUUAGUUAGCGGCUUAAAAUUAGCGUCUGCAAGGACGUCUCAGGCCAGACGUAGAAAUGGAGUUGGGCUGCCAUUACCGGAUACGAGUCUUCUACCCACCCGACCUCAAAUGGAGAUGUACUCAUCGGCUCAGUUGGCUUGAUAUCUGCAGUAGGAUGAUAAUUUUUUUCGCCAUCGUGCUCUUAUUUUCAUGCGAUAUAAUUAAGAUAGCAUAAUAAUAUAAGGUUUCAGAUAGCAUAAUAAUAAUAUAAGGUCUUAGGUAUAUUGCUACUCUUUCAUCAUGUCGUGCAGACGUGUGCUUUCAAGAUACUUGGAGAAUGUUACUGCAUGAUCACAUUUGUGUGCUCUAUUUGGCUGGAGUUUUUUUUGUAGUUCAUGUUAUAUUUAUUUUAUCGUAAUUGUAGUCGUCAACCUAUCCAUUUACUUCUAUUCAUAUGCAAUUGUCGUCGUUUUGACACCAAAAUGCAGUGAAUGCAUUAUCUGGCGAGAGUAGGUUAAUAACUACGUCGAUAAUUCAGUAU